GCCCUGGUUGAUUAGUGCAGCCCUGGUCCGAAAAAAACAAGUGAAAAAGCGAGAUAAAUCACAUUUUAAAAUUGCACCAAAUUAAUGUUAAACAAUCGUCUCAGCACGGGUGAACUGAAAAUGUGAAUGAAAACAGCCAGUAGAAGAGACGAGCGCGAUUCGGUGGCAGUAAAUGCUGCAGUUGCAACCUGCACAUGUAUGUGUAUACGCGUGAGUGUGCGUUUGCGUAGGAGGCACCAAAAUAACAACAGCAAUCGCAGUGGCAACAAAGAAUCGGAAUCGUACUCGUACUUGGAGUCGGAAUCGCUAGGGCCACUACCAUAUGCCAGUCAGUAGAGGGAACCGCAGUGCCAAUGCAUAGUCAGUAAAUCCCCAAGGAGCCAUAGGACCAAACCUCACAUCCACGCCCCCGACAAAUCACAAGUUUCAGCAGCCAGCAGCUAGCAGCCAGCCACUCGGCCAAAUCGAAACUGGAAGCCAUCGAGUGCUCCUGGUAAGGAGCCAGCAACUGCAGGUGGAGCAGGCGGAGGAGGACCUGGUGCACCCAGCACGCACCCACUAUGGGCAAUUGCCUGAAAUGCUUCCAGUCUGCCGCCGAACAAUCGAUGCCAACGAACGCCUCGUCCCCCAAUUCACACAAUUCCAAUUCCAACGCCUGCCAGACGACCACCAGCCUUGCAAAUUGCUACGAAUCGGUGGGCACUAAUCCCAAUGCCAACGAGCGCUGCGCCCUAGAAACCGAUGAACUGCUCUCCAGCCGAACUCCACUCAAGCCAGCAAAAGCAAACAAUUGUGAUACUAAGCGUAAUAGUUUUAAGUCUUUAGGUUUGCUUAAUGGCAGUGCGCCCACCAUGAGCGAUAUCAUAACAACUGCCGUCAAGGAAUCCAUGGAGGUGUCGCACCAGACGCUGAACCAACUGUUUGAUGUGUACAAAGAUCCGGACGACGAGGACAUGAUCCUGACGGACGGCAUCGAGCGACUGUGCAAUGACCUCAACUAUCAGCCCGAUGAGUUCGCCAUACUCGUCCUGGCCUGGUGCCUGGAUGCCUCGCAGAUGUGCCGCUUCACCAAGGCGGAGUUCAUCGAGGGUCUGCACAAGAUGCGGGCGGACACAAUAUCCAGCAUUCGGGUGCGACUGGAGCAAACGAUCGAGAUGCUCAAGGCGGACGCCGAGAUGUUCAAGCAGUUAUACCGCUUCACCUUCCGCUUUGGCCUGGAGCCCGAUCAGCGCGUCCUCUCCCUCGAGAUGGCCAUCGACCUGUGGAAACUAGUGUUCACUGUACAAACACCUGAUCUCUUCUCCAACUGGAUACACUUCCUCGAAAAGCACCCGAAUAUACGCCGCAUACCGAAGGAUACAUGGAACAUGUACCUCAACUUUACGGAACAAUGUGAUAUACAAAAUUACGACGACACCGAAGCGUGGCCAAGUCUCUUCGACGACUUCGUGGACUACGAGAAGAACCGGGCCCUGGUGUCGUCGGGCAUCCACGACGAUGACAACAACAACGACGAUCCCCUGCAGAGCCACGUGAAGGCCGAGGAUCCGGGUCUCGUGUCAUAGUGCAAGCCUCCAGUCUCUUCAGGGCCAAGCAACGUUCAACUCGCCAAUAGAAAUUAAAUAAUGUACAUUUUCACCCUCACUGACGACUCGCUCUCUCCUGCUGCUGCUUAAGUACCCCUGUGAAAACAAAAAACCUUAAACACCCGUGGCCACUGAAAACGAACGAUGCGGUGCUGGCGCUGCUUGAAGACGGACUCCAACUGCCAUCAUCAGCCAGCUCUUGUUAUUGAGACUGGGCAACAUUCUGGCCGGAGCAACAACGGACGCAUUUGUUUAUGUAAUUAAAGACUUAUCGACAAGAAUUUCGGAAAAGCUCAAUCAUUGGAAACCACAUGUGUAUAUAAAUAAAUGACUUGAAGGCGGAGCAGAAGGCAGACCGUAUAAUACUUAGCAACUAAUUGAUGUAUUAUUUUAAACAAGAUUGCAACAUUUUAUGGCACUUAACUAUUUAAAUGCAUACAAUUACAUACUUAAUUGUAAGUAGUGGAUGUGAAUUAAAUAAAAGCAACUAAAAUAGUAA